CUGAUCCUACUUCACACAGAGCCAGCCAUGCAAGCGACCCGGACACCCACUAUUUGUGUGUUUGCAGACUGCAGUAUUCCAGCCGGUCUGCGGAUAGGACCGAUUCCGGGCAUCUUCAAACUGGGAAAGUAUGUGUCGGACCGCAGAGAGGUCGGACUUAAAAAGAAGAUUCGCAUGUUGAGGGGAGAAUUCGUGGACGAAUCUGGUAAUUCAGUAACGGACUGGAUUGGAUUGAUACGCGCGGCCAGAAACAGUCAAGAACAAAACCUUGAAGCUGUUUCGGAUUUACCCGGCGGACAGAUUUUCUAUCGUGUCUUGAGAGAAAUUCAGCCUGGAGAGGAGUUGAGCGUGUGGUAUUCAAACACACUGGCUCAGUGGUUAGAUAUACCCACGACUGCUACUCCGACGCACGACGAGAAAGGCGAAGAGCGUUAUAUUUGCUGGUACUGUUGGAGAAUUUUCAAAUACCCAAAUACACUCAAGGCUCAUGUACAUUUUCAUUGUGCUUUGAGCAAUGGACGAGGGUUUAUGAACAGUGAGCAAGCAAGGGGGUCUGAAAAUUUCAACAGAUCUCCAAAAUCGGGAGAUAUUCCAAACACCUCAACCUCACCAAGGAACGGUCACAACACCUCAGUGUCGGAGUCCGUAAGACGGGUAGUAUCCUCUUCCUCACCUUUUCUCAACAAGGCAGGAAUAUCAAAGAAACCGAGUCCAGAGGAACAGGACAGAGCCCUGGACAUGAGCGUGACCUCGGCAAGAAAUCACGGGCAUAUCCUUGGCCUAACUGGGGCCUCAUCUUUGCUGAAUAAUAUGGGGUUUCAUCCAGGAGCGCGUUCAGCUUUCAAACCGAUGGGACAUUCCAAGAUGACUCCGGUUGAUGUCUCCAGAGAAGAUUCCAAUGGGAAGUCUAACGGGCUUGGAUUCAGCAAGCUUUUGGGAAACAUGAAGUCUUCUCGUUCUAUGACUGAGCCCGUAUCCAGUGGCCAUCCUUCAAAAUGUGUUCACCCCUUGGACACUCCACCAUCAGCAGUACCAUGCACAAAUUCCAUUCCGAUCAUACGUCACUUUGAGGAGACCUCCGCUUUUAAGCACGUGGAGAGCCGCAUGCACACUGGUCUGUCACCCUCGCGGUAUUCUCAAAUAUCCUCUGGGUUCCACUUUGAGCGAUUUACCCUUCCGCAGUUUGAUGGAGUCAAGCCAUACCAUGGAGACUGUAACAUCCCUCUUAUGCCCUUCACUGUCUACAACGGCGAACUUCUUUAUAGUUCACCAUAUUACCCGCUAAAGUUUCACUUCAGUAAUCUUUUGAAAUAUCCGGAUUCAGUGUCCUACUUCGGUGCACCAGCUCUCAACCCAGACCUUGGAUCAAUCGCAAACAUAGACAGGGAGAUAGCAAUGCAUACACAACAGCUAUCUGAAAUUGCAGUUGAGAAGAAUCGCGCUAGGCUUGAGUCUAUGCCGUCAACAAACCCCGGCUCAGGGAAACCUAAAAAAGGACAUCUGUGUCUUUACUGUGGAAAACUGUACUCUCGAAAAUACGGUCUGAAGAUUCACAUGAGGACUCAUACAGGGUACAAGCCACUAAAAUGCAAGGUCUGCUUCAGACCCUUUGGAGAUCCGAGCAACCUGAACAAGCACAUCCGACUGCAUGCGGAGGGGAACACUCCAUACCGGUGUGAAUUUUGUGGAAAAGUGCUCGUCCGCAGGAGGGACUUAGAGAGGCACGUUAAAUCAAGGCAUCCGGGACAAACUAUUAAAAAAUCCGAGGACAAAAUGGAGGGCAUCUAUGAAGAUCCCGAACAAAAGAGUGACAAUGACAGCGACGUUGACGUGUGCUUCACCGAUGAUCAGAGUGACCAAGAAUCGAGCAAAAAUAAUGAUUAA